AUGGAAAAGCUGGCUGCGGAAAAGGUUGCGCUAUCAGAAAAGGUUUCGGUGGGAAGUAAGAAUGGACUUCGAUUGAAUCAGAAAAAAGUCAAAUGGGAUUCCAAAAGGAGUGCCAAGAAAGGUGAAAUGCAGGUUGAGACUGUUAAUGCCAAUCCUCAGAUCAUCAGUGAUCUUUCUACUAAAAUUACGGAGGCACAGGAUGCGGAAAACCUAACUUUGCAGCCUGCAAGAAUUAGAUUAGUCGAUGGGGCUUCUGGCUCUGGUUUAACAGAGAAGGAAAAGGAAUCUAUUAUUGUUGAUAUUGAAAGUAGUCCGAAACGAGAUUCGGGUGAUAAGACUGUGAAUGAUGUGAUUCUCUUUGAAGGAGACGAUAAUGCCGUAGUUGAUCCAAAGAUUCAGGUUGCGAGCGAAUUGCGACUGAGCUCGAAGGCGCAAGGGGAUUUCGACACUCAGCGUAACUCUGCCCAGCCAGAGACUUUGGAAACUAUAGUUGUUGACGAUCUGCACCUGGGUCAUAGUGCGCAAGGGGAUGCUGGGUUACAGUUGCAAACGUCACAACUCGAUCUAGAUGACACAAAUGGACCUCGUGUAGCCAUUGAGCAAGGGAAUAAAUUUGCGCUCCUUCAGAUUUGUGAUGAUGAUGGUGAUGUAUCUGGAAAUGGUGAUGAGGAGGAUCCUAUUAUUGAUCUUACGUUGGCUACGGGUAGAGAAUCCGUGAUUGGUGGUCCUCAAGGAUUGUAUGGCGAAAAUUCAGAAAUGGUGGCUGGUCUAGAAAUGGAAGCUGUGACAGUUAAUGACAUUCUGCAACCAGAAAUUAUUAAGCCACCACUGAAAUACCCUGAUGAUUCAUUUCCAGCAGAAAGUGAAGGAAGUGAUGCUGCUACUGAUAGGGGAACAUGGUCAGAAGGGGAUAAGGAAAGGCUAACAUUGGAUACUGAACGUGGGAUCAAGACUGGGGUAAAGAAAAAGAAACGCGAUAGGAAAACAAGGGAGCAAAUCGCCAAGGAGCUUGAAGGGGCUGAGCUUCGGCGAUCACUUCGCUUUCAAUAA